AUGCAAGAGAUUCAAAAUGUCGCCAGGGAGUAUAUUAAUGAUGAGGAAGUCAGCCAGGUCAUGGGGGCCAAUAAGCGGCAACUUGCCUACUCCAGUGUUUGCCCACCCGGCAGUGGGGAAAGGUCAAAGGAGCACUCCAAAGACGGAGCGCCCGCUAAAACCUUCAAACCGUUUGCCCGGAUCGCCGACAAGGGCAUCCUGUCUAAACCCCGACAACUCAAGGACAGGACGGGAAGAAACAAAAACCUCUAUUGCGACUAUCACAAGGGCUAUGGGCACAAGACCCAAGACUGCUUCGACUUGAAGGAUGCUCUGGAGCAGGCCAUUCGGGAAGGAAAGUUGGACGAAUUCUCUCACCUUAUCAGGGAACCAAGGAGGCGGGAUCAUGAUCGGUCCAACGAAGACAAAGGCCACACUGUAAAGCAAAGACGAGAGCCCGAGGAGAAUAAUGAGCGCGGCCUCAUUGUUGUAAAUGUGGUAGUCGGUAGAGAUGCUCCCCCCAGAUCGAAGUCAGCUAGCAAAAAGGACGCCAAGGUCUUAGCUAUGUCCUCAGGCUCCAUGCCAUCCGCCCGGAGGGUACCAUCGAUAUCAUUCGGCCCUGAAGACCAAUGGGUUGACGACGUCACGGAGAACCCUCCGAUGGUGAUUACAGCUAGGGUUGGAACCGGCAUAGUAAAACGGAUCCUGGUGGACACGGGAGCUGAUUCGAACAUCAUGUUUUGCAAUGUGUUUGAUGCUUUGGGCCUACGGGAUACCGACUUGAGGGGCCACCAACAUGGUGUGGUCAGCCUAGGGGAUAAUUUCAUCAAGCCUGACGGAAUAGUGUCCCUCCCGAUCUUCAUUGGCGGAGGCCGGGGGAAGAGAUCGCUGAUGGCGGAGUUUGUUGUCCUGAGGGACUCCACGGCCUACAACCUCAUCUUAGGAAGGAUAACCAUCAACGAGUUUGGAGCGGUGAUUUGCACCAAGCUACUGUUAAUGAAAUUUGUUGCUGAUGAUGGAUCGAUACCGAUGCACCGACCAGACGAAGAGAAGACGACAUUUAUAACCCAAAGAGGAGUGGAGGCCAACCCGGAGAAGUGUGAAGCAAUCCUACAAAUUAAGAGCCCGAGAUGUGUGAAAGAAGUCCAAAGGUUGGCAGGAAGACUCACCGCGUUAUCCCGUUUGCUCGGUGCGUCGGCAGCCAAAGCCUUGCCAUUCUUCUACAAAUGA